GAGACAGCCGUGAUACGAACAGAGAUCUGGGACACCAGAGAGAGAUAAAAUAGAGUACAGGACACAGUUUACAAUUGGAGAGUAAUAGAUUAAAAUGAUGUAACAAUGUAUUGGAAUCUGGCAAUGAUGGAUUGGAACAAUACAACACUGGAUUUGAAUCGAAGAACAAACGAUUGGAAUGUUACAACGACAGGUUGGAAUGGCUUGACAAUUGCUCAAGAUGUGAGAACAAUCUAUGGGAAUGCCAACAUAGUAACAAUUGUGAUCCUGUCCCAGGAAAAGUGUGGUUUCUCCCGAUGUGUCUCUCAGUACCUGGUAGCCAUGGCAAUAGCAGAUCUCCUGGUCAUUAUAUUUGACCUCAUAUUGCGACACAUCCCAUUUGUCUAUUUGGAGGAUCAUCAUUUCUUAGAAGGUAUCCCUGUGUGUAAUACCCACGCUGUUUUGAUUUAUGCAGCCACUGACUGUUCUGUCUGGUUCACCGUCACUUUCACUUUUGAUCGAUUUGUAGCCAUUUGUUGCCCAAAUCUGAGAAGUAAAUAUUGCAAACUGAAAACAGCAGCCGUGGUUCUGGCAACAGUGACUGGAUUGAGCUGUUUGAAAAACAUUUUCUGGUAUUUUAUGUUUACUCAUCAGUAUUAUCACAGGAGCAGACCCUGGUUUUGUCGAGUGACAAGCAAUGUGAAGUUUUCUCCAGUCUGGGGAGCAAUUGAGUUCUGUCAUUACGUACUAACACCAGGAGUUGCCUUUAUUCUCAUUCUGCUUCUCAAUGUUUUAACGGUUAGACACAUUGCAGUGACCAGCAGAUCCCGCAGGAGACUCGUUCAGCAGAGCAACAGAAAAGGCACCAAAGAUCUAGAGAUGAAGAGUCGAAAGAAUUCCAUCAUUUUAUUGUUUCUUAUCUCAGGGAAUUUCAUUCUAUUAUGGUCAGUAUCAAUGGUGUAUUCCAUAAAUUGGAGAAUGAUAUUUUUGGGAUAUGAGUCUGUUUCUCUGCCACUGUUUGUAAUGGAACUGGGCUACAUGCUUCAGAUGCUGAGUUGCUGCACAAACACUGUCAUUUAUGUCAUCACACAUCCUAAGUUCAGACAGCAUUUGAAGAAUAUCAUGUACUAUCCCUUUACUCCAAUUGUGAAAUGUAUUACAUAUUGAGACUGACUGAAGAAUUACAUCAUCAGCAAUCAAUUUUGCAUGCGUUUGAAUCUCAUCCACAGUCCUGGUGUCUUAUUAAUAGACAUCAUUGAAAGAAGAUGAUAUCUCUACGACAUUUGAUCUGUGAUUUUUGCCUGUCUAAUUUGACAGCCUACGCACCUGUGCCAGUACACUGUUUAUCUGCUUCUCAAUCCAAGUGUGGGUGUGUGGCUGUGCAUGUAUCGAAGCAUAAGAUAGAUAGAUAGAGGAGCAGGUUCGGUAACAGACACAAUACUCAAGAGUGAUAACAACAUGAUUAAAUGUUUUCUAGUUUGAGGGUGAUAAACAUGGUACUGACUUUAGUCUUUCAACUUAAUUAAAAGUAAUACAAACC